GUUAAAGGCACAGAUGGAUAGUUUGAUCAUUUUUUUAGCUUGUGUAUGUAAUGCACACUUGUGUCAGUCCAUGGUGCAUGUGGGAGGGGUAUGUGGGUGGUGAAUGACAGCUGAAGCUUGGUUUUUUUAAGAGGUGUUCAGACAAAAGUACACACCUCCUUCGUGCAGAGACACACACACUUUGUCUUACAGCAGGACCUGCACCAUGAGCUGUGACCAGAGCUAUCCGUUCCCACAGGUGUUCCUUGUGGAUGGAGGAGGCGGGCCGCAACGCUCUGCCCAGCAGCCGAGUCUCAUACCCUGCUGGUCCUUCCCUCCGGCCCAGGAGAGAGCGAGGAACCAUGGGAAGAGUCGGGGCUGCAUGGGAAUCAGCCCUGCUUUGGCCAUGAUUGUGUUGAUGCUGUUUCUGCUGGUGUUUGCAGCCCUGGGGUUUGAAGCCUACCAGAUUCAGAAAAUGCAGGAAAAGCUGAACGACAUGGAGCCGGUUAAAUCCAAGGCUGAGUUUAAACAACCUCAAAAGCUCAUUGAUAUUAUGACACCUCAGAUGCAAACUGGUCACAAACCUGAGUUGAAAAGAGAAGAGAAAGAAGACAGACCUGCUGCACAUAUGAUAGGGCACAUUGAAGCACAAAAUUUCCCUAAGACUCUGCGAUGGGAGCCGCGGGCAGGUCGGGCGUUCAUAUCCGGAGCAGUGGUUUACAGGCCUGAAGAAGGCGCCCUGCAAGUAAACCAAACCGGACUCUACCACAUUUACUCUCGAGUGGAGUUGAUCUUUAAGGUGUGCACUCCUACAUCCUCGUUUGUUCACUCUGUGUUUGUGAGGAGAGCGGGACGCCCCACACCUCUGACCCUGAUGGAAGCCCACAGAGCGGGUUUCUGUUCUCAACAGCCGGGACACGCCUGGACCACAGAGAGUUACCUCGGCUCUGCCCUGCAGCUGCAGAAGUUUGACAGAGUUUUUGUGAAUGUAUCGCACCCCUCCUAUCUUAGUCAUGCUCAUUACGCCAACUUUUUUGGUCUAUACAAGAUCUGAAGGCUUUGUUUGUUCGUGUAGUAAUUUAACCCCUCAUAAAUGAAUGUAAACUGGUCAGAAUAUCUCUGAAUCUGACUCAUCACUUUGAUUCUUGUGUUGAAUUAAUCACUAUAGUAGCUGCACUGAACAGCGUAAUGAGAUAAGGUCUGCAGUGCUAAAACCAAGCGAAAAUAUUCUCCUUAUUGCUAGCUUUAAAAUUGGUGGCGAAAUCAACUGAAGCAAUUUCUACAUCUAUACAUAAACAAAUUUUGUUCCUUUUAUAAAUGUUGAGUCGGUUAACACUAACACGCUGGUAGUUGUAGCAAUUUAAGAAUAUUUAUUUUAGUGUUGAUCUGACUUUUGAUGUCUAAAUCUGUAAAAAGGUGUUACAUAAUGGUUUUGAAAGUAAAUAAAGAGUUAAUUUAAGCA